AUGCGCAUAACUCAUCAACGCUUGUUCCAAGCUUUCCGGUACUUGCAACAUGAGAACCCGCUGGGUCUGCCACGCUCCGGCGAACCACCCUCUUGGCCCAGGCGUCCUCGGCAGCGCAAGAUUGCCGGCGUUGACAAAGUGAUUGCAGUGUCUUCGGCAAAAGGGGGUGUCGGUAAAAGCACCGUUGCAGCGAACUUAUCGCUUGCCUUUGCGAGACUUGGCCUCCGAGCUGGCAUCUUGGACACCGACUUAUUCGGCCCUUCCAUCCCGACCCUCUUUGACUUGUCUGGAGAGCCCAGGUUGUCGAGCAAUAACCAGCUUGUUCCACUGACAAACUAUGGUGUGAAAACCAUGUCCAUUGGCUACCUCGUCGGGGAUGAUGCCCCCGUUGUCUGGCGGGGACCUAUGGUGAUGAAGGCCAUCCAGCAGCUCCUUCAUGAGGUUGACUGGGGCCACUUGGACAUUCUCGUGCUCGACCUGCCUCCAGGAACUGGUGACACCCAGUUGACGAUUACACAGCAAGUUGUCUUGGACGGUUCUGUCAUUGUCACUACGCCACAUACCUUGGCCACGAAGGAUGCCAUCAAAGGAAUCAACAUGUUUAAGAAGGUCGAUGUAAACAUUGUGGGUGUAGUUCAGAAUAUGUCCUUAUUCACCUGUCCCCAUUGUCACGGAGAGACCAGCGUCUUUGGGUCAAACGAAAGGGUCAAGAAACUCUGCAAAGAGCAUGAGAUUGAGUUUUUGGGCGGCAUCCCUCUGCAUCCAAGCAUCGGCGAUGAUGGUGAGCGAGGAAAGCCCACUGUCAUCUCUGAGCCAUCAAGCGAAAGAGCAUCAUCGUUUCUACAAGUUGCUCAGGCUGUUCUGGCAAAAAUCGGCCUCGAAAAAAUUGUAUCAAGUCAUGGAGUGCAACGAAUGCCGUGA